AUGUUCGCACGAUUGGGUUAUUCUUUAGCCAACCUAAGAUACUCGUCGUUUCCACGUAUUACCGAUGCUUACCUCUUCUCAAGACUUAACGAUUGUGCAUCAAAGCAUGGGGCUCUAUCUAUGGAAAAUCGGCUCCAAGCACGUCUUGCAGUGGCGCCUUUUCUCGCAAACGCUGCGCUGAGCUUUUUGAUCGCGGAGUAUCCCUUUUAUCAUAGUGAAGCCGUGGCGCAACGGUUGGUAGAGGUGGUCAAAGGAAAUGCUUGCUUUUUAAGUCCGCAGGACUGUAUGACACUGAUGUUAUUACAACUUAAGAAGGAGGUACUUGUGAAAGAAAAUUCCACUUUUGUUCCUCAUUUUUCAGGGGAAACAUUGGGAGUCAUGUUCACUGAAAUAGAGGGGCGUCUUGCAUUCAUGCAAGAUUCAUCCAAGAACCCUGUAAUAAAUGAAGACGACAGUUUCUCAGAGGGCACACUAGAGUGGACGAAAGAGUUCGUUGUGUCGGAAAAAGACAUUUGCAAGGCUCAUACGCACUUGAUGCCAAUCAGCGAAACUCUAAUUCGUUGCCUGUUAGUCUGGCUGACAAGUUCACACAAAUCUUUUGGAACAUCCACUUCGCACGGGGGUACCCUUUCCAGCUAUGAUAACUCUGCACCACUACCUCCUACUACUUUCUCGCACUCGACAAGACUUUAUCGAUUGCAGGUGUGCGCCGUACUUCUCGCUUUUCUGGAUGCCGAUUUCAUCUCUGGUGCGGAUGACAUUCGAAAGGCUAUUGAGGUUCACUUUGCACCGCCUUGUCUAUCGCAAUAUUUCACUGCAAAGAGGAUGGAUGGGCAGGGCUCUAGGAUUGUGCGGUCAACAAUGGACGAAUUGUUGAUUGCGCUAAACAACGCGUGGCUGUGGUGGGAGCUGCAUCUUCGUUUAGGCCCUCUAUUGCCACUUGAUCUAGCGCGCCGGACACUCCAUGAAUGUUGGGAGGCUCAAUGGAGCUUCCAGCGGCAAGUUUUAUCGGCGGCUCCUUGGAGCGAAUCACUUGGGAUGGCGACCGCGGCUCGUUUUCUGCGCAUUGUCAGUUUUUUUCUCGCGCACAUCCCUCUGCUUUGCCAUCUUCCAUCUUCAGUAUUCCUAAGGGAAGGGGACAUUUCUUCUAUGUCAUUCUCACACUCUUCGUUGUCCAAUUUACCGACCAUUUUGAGUUUCCUACAACUUCUACUUCCUGUGGUUCAAGAAGCUGUUCGUGUGGCCCGUGAAGGAUGGGGUUGGCCUCCAGCAAUAAAUAUUUCUUCCAUAUUGAGCAGUUUUGAUGGUAUCUCUGAAGCGGAAAAUGAACAGCAUUUCGGUCAGACUGCGAACCCUAAAGUUCCCAAUCAACAUUUUGAUCGUGAAUUAUUAAAAUUACUGCUAUCCAUGGUUCACCAUUUAAUUUCGCAAUGGACUGUAUUUUCAGCCUUUCCUGCGUCGCAGGGUUCAAACAAUAAUGAUAGUGAUACCCGUCACUUUGGUGCGUUCGAGGCCAUGAGUUCUACCGUGUUCAGAGUCGCUGGAACGGUCGCCGAUUUUUUUGACUUCAUAUCCCCUUCACUAGAGGUUUAUUUACGUUUUGUGAACGGAGACGAUGAGAAGAUUUGGAUCCAAAUGAUGGAUUUGGUGAUGUGGAUGGAACGCUUUAACGGUCGCCAAAGCGACGAGCACCAUUUUCCACACCUAAGCCCCCAUGAGCUUCCUCCCCAAGACGUUCUUCCGCUAGAAGCACUUUUUCGGCUGAAACGGAUUUUACUUUCCACCUCUGUCCGAUAUUUGUUUUUAGCCGAUGCAUAUUACAAAAAAGUGAACGAACAGGGUGACAUUGUCAGCACGAGAUGCAGUGAAAGCACCGGAGAUGACGUCUGCUAUACGCCCUCGCAUUGUUUUCUGACCGCAUUUGUUCUUGCCUGGCAGGAAUGGAUUGCUAGACUGUCGCAUUCCUCGACUCUCCAUGAAGGCUUUAUCAAUGAACUACAAAGAGAAUUUAGGUCUCACUACGAUUUUAUGCUGAAGACCGCCAAAAGCUACAAUCGAGGGCAUGCCAAUCUUGAUGAUUUGUGGUGUUCGAAUCCUAUACAAGCGCGCGCAUCCCCAGACAGCUUGUUUUCAACUGUUAAGCCUGUGGAGGGGGAUAACUUGACCUCCAGCUUAUUCCCUUCUUUGCCCACGACUAACAAACCCGCACGUCGUUUUUUCACGGAAAGUACCCUAUUAGAAGAUUUACUACUGAAUUCUUGGUCUCGCUACCUGAGGCUUGUAGACUUCGAUACCUCCUUGAUUUUCCUUUUCUUGAAUAUGACCACAUUGAUGAAGCUACAAGCAGAAAGUCCCUCCUAUAAUAAACCGCAUGAGGUUGAAUGCUGCUUUCGUGGAUUAGUGGAUAAAACAACUUCGGGAUCCGGCCAUAAAUUAGGCGAGGUAUCACCUUUUCCAAUUCAGGCUCUCCCUGUUUCGGUGUUUCUCAGUUUAUUUCAUAAAUGUACAUGCCAUAUUCACAACAAAUUCGCUAAGCUCAACAAAAAGGACACUAUCUUAAGUAUUUCCACCACCACCCCAUUGAACGUAUCGGUAUCGCAUCAGAGCCUUUGCAUGCCUGCCUUGAUCACUUUUUGCGCGAAGUGGGGUGGCCUCGUGGAUUCAUUAUGCGCGGUGGAUAAUUCACCGCGGGAUAUCUUUUCCACACCCAGUUCCCCCUCCCCGCUCACUGGGCGUCAUGAUGAUAAUCCUUUUCCAGAAACCUCUCGUCGUGGUGAGAUCCACUACGUUAACGUUUAUCCACCAAACUAUUUCCCGUUAUGGGAUGUCGCCUCAGCGUAUCCUUUUCUUUCCAUUUUGCAGAACUUUUUGCAUGCCGCAGAUGCCGAGGCGGCGAAAUUUGAACAACUGUUGGGCUUUCAGUUUUGCGAGAUAACGCAAAGUGCGGAAAUAUCACAGGAGUAUUUGGAGACGAUGUUGGACAUCUUUAUUUCAUCCAUUCACCAUUCAUCCUCGUCUGAAAGUGUGAGUUUUGGAAAUUUGCUCGUUCCGUGCAUUUUUUGUGUGUGUGGGGUGCCGACAAGUGUCGGGCAGGAUCGGAGUGGGACCUUUUCCUCACUUGGUUCUCUGCAGGUGAUGAGUUUUUUUAUUUGGCAGCAAACUCGGAAGGUCUUGUGGCCCCAGGCAGGCGAUGUGUUCGAGCAGCAGCCCAGCGUGCAGCUUUUUUUUAGACACCAGAAUGAGGCACAUCCAAACGCACCCACAACAUCAUCCGCGAUGUGGCCGAACAUCGAGUGGGGUAGGUCACCGUAUAUUGAUGCCUGUUUUAACCACUUACAGAUCGACUUCGCCCUGCACUACCUCGUUUUCGUUUUGUCGGAGGCGUUUUCGCUCAUGGCGGAGGUUCUUCCCAAACUUUCGCAUGGAGCCACUCCCCAUGUGGAAUCGAUUAAUUUCAAAACUGCUCUGAAGCAUGCCUUUCAUAGAAAUAGAACGCACAAUUCUUUAUAUCGAUCUUUGGCUCUUCAGAGGCCGGAUGCUCAGAGCGUCGCCUUGCGGCGAUCUCAAAAACGGCUUUGGGAUCGAGCCUGUCCUGCACUUCGUAGUUCUGUCCGGGAGGGGAUGUUAAACACGACGGUUUGUGUGGAUCAGGGGAAUGAAAUGAUUUCGACAAACGUGCGUCUGUUCGUUUCCUCCUACGGCGAUUGGUGCUUGGAGGCGCUCUGGAAAUGUUUGUGCACCGUAGGCCAGCGCUUUCAGCGUCUUGUGGAGGAGGACUGGAUGCGGACGAUACAAACGUUUGAUGAAUAUCGCGACGAUCCUUCAGGAUGUCCGACAAGAUGGGAAAAACACAGCCCUCAUUAUUCUAGUUUGAGCAGUUAUUAUGCGUAUAUCCGCGAAAGACUUCUGGACUCGCCAAGCGAGAGCCCUGAAUUCACGGAGAAGGAUGGUAAUGACGAUGAGGGUACUUUACAGCGAUGGCAUGCAGUGCGAACUCAGGUAUGUCUCCUUGAGCCUUGGAUAAAAUCAAUGACGAAUAAAUGCUUUUUUAUCUCUGAGGAGUCUACCACACAGCCUUUUGGUUGGGAUGGGGAUCGAAGCAAGAGCCCGAGCCAGAGAUGCGCGCACGUUCUCACACCCUCUCAGGCGCGUCUACUCUUACGAACGCUCUUUCAAUUUCCGGAGGCCACAUUCCUCACCUUUUCAUUGGAUCUUCUACGCUCGCUCUGGGAUUCAGCGGCCUCUUCCGCUCGUGAGGCGAACUCUACCCAUCCCGAGGGCCCAUCCCUUCCAUCCCCGGAGGAUCUUGACGAGCUCGCGGUAUGGCUUCUCUGGAUCGCCCUCGCAGAAUCUUUGCGCAAACUGGAAGAGGAGGUCUGCGCGUACGUGGUGACUGCUUUUUCUGAAUUUUUAUCUUCACCUAAAGGCAAAAAAAAGACUGCUUUUAAAGCUUUGAAGAAGUCCCCAAGGUUCAGACUUCAUGGUUUGUCCUGCGCGUCACCGAUGGAAUUGCUAGAGAUGGCUACCACGGCGGAUGCAAAUAGCCGAUCGUGGAAUUUUUCACACCACAAAGACAAAGUAGAUUGUGUGAUCAACACGGAAAGGUCAUCCACCGCACUCGCUAAUUUUUCCCUUAACGCCGUUUACACAUAUUAUUACGUCAUGGGGAAACCUUACUGUGGGAUGCAGCAAGUAAUUCGUGUGCUUUUAAUGAAUUCUCAGUCGGUUAAUGGCAACAAUACCCAUGUCAGUGAUGACGUGCCUCUGUUUUCGCGUCAAGAAUGGUAUUUAGAUCGCCUGAAGAUGAUCAUUGGUUUAGCUCGGUAG